AUGGAUGUCAUUCAUGAAGUGUGCAAACUUACCAAUUCAUCAAGUGCUGAAUACCAUCCAGUUAAUAAAUCACAUAUUGAGCAGGAACUGGAUUCAGUGUCAGUCAGUGAAUUGUUGAGACGAUCAUGUGACGAUAUUAAUAUAGCCUAUUUAAAGAACUGCAAAUCUAAUGUAUCUGUAGUUAAAUGCUCACCUUCCAAGACUAGCGUGAAUUCUUAUGUAAAAUAUGUUCCAUCUAUGCAAAGUAAACAAAAUUCAUUGCAAGGUCGUACAACUACCAGCUUACCUCCCACCAGUGCAGUUUUGAAUCCGACUCAUUCCCUCCACAAAGUAAAAAGUAAUCCUCAAGUGUAUAAAGUGCAGAAUGUUAUUGUGAAACCAUCAGCUCAGAAUGCGAAUGGGUAUAUUACACAAUAUGGGAAUGCAAUUCAUCCAACUACAUCUCAAACCUAUUCUGAAGUUAAUAUAAACCCAACCAACCAGACAUCAGUUUCAUCUAAUUAUUUUUCCAAAAAACAAGCAUUACUAGAUAAAGAAGCAUAUCAGAAAAGAAAUAGGAAAAUUUUGUUUGGCAACCAAAGUUUGCAGAAGGACUCAUCGAUCGAACAUGUUGACAUGUAUCAAAGUCAAACAAAUUAUUCUAAUAAGUUACCAAAUAUAAUAUCCAAAGUGCGGGACAAUUUAUUAGAGAAUCCUUUAAAAUCAAAAGCAAAUAAAGUUUUUUUAAAUCCAAGUGAUAAGUACUCUGAGCAUACUCGUGUAGUUCGCAAUGUAUAUACUGAAUCAGUUGCUUUGGAGCCUCAUUCUGGGUUACCAGCGACGUCCAUACUGCUGAAUCAGGAAACAUAUUCCAGAAAGAAUAUCAAACAAAACAUUAGGACUGGGCAAAAUAACAAUAUUGAUGUGCUACCUAAUAAUUGGAAACAAAAAGCUACCAUAGGUGGUGCCGUGGUACCAGAAAAUGUAACACCGAUAUCAACAUCUAAUACUUGGGAUGAAAUUCCAAGGCUGAAUUAUAGUUUGAGUCAAGAACCUGUAUCAGCUAAAUUUGAAACUUCAACCAUAAUUAAACAAACACCCCAGAUAUUAAUUGUGAGGGGUGAUUCACAAGCCCCACCACAGAGGGUAGGUUGUGGAGAUGAAGAGUUUAUUGGUGAAGAAAUUCGACCUCAGCGAACUGAUCAUUUGCCUCCUGCUUAUCAUAGUUUGCAAAUAGUUCUGCAAGAUCACAAUUAUGGAGCCCCACCACCUUCCUCUGUCAUAUCUCCAAUGCCUGAAAUGUUUUCUAAUACAAGCAAUCCUGUUGAGCAUAUACCCAGUUUUAACACCAAAACUUUAAGAAAACACGAGGAUGAAGAUGCAGCUUCUGUUGUUAGCAUUGAAUCUCAUAAUCAUCUUAAUAAUGAAGAGGAUGAAGAAACUGAAACUGCUCCUGAAGAAGAGAAUGAGACUUCUGAUGUAGUGGAUGAUAAAAAUUCCAUCACACGUUGUAUAUGCGAUUUUCAGCAUGAUGAUGGAUAUAUGAUCCAGUGUGGACAGUGCCUUGUUUGGCAGCAUAUUGUUUGUGUUGGAGUAACUCCAAAGCGAAUACCAAAAAAAUAUCUCUGUGACUUUUGUCAACCUCGUGAAUUAGAUCGUUAUCGAGCACAUUCCUUGCAGAAAAUGAUUCGCGAUGACUUGAACAUGUUAACUUCAAGUGAUUCAAGCCCCACAAGAUCAGGAGAUAAGGAUAGAGUUAGUUUAAAGAAUAUUACUAAAAGAAGAGGUGAAUCCAGUGUAAAUUUUCCUGUUGCUUAUAGCACAACACGUAAUAAAAGAAUUCGCAGAGAUCCUAGCCCUAAAGUUAAAGUAAGACGUCCCUAUAAAGAAAGAAAGAAAGUGUUUCGAAAGAAGGUAAAAACUGACAUGGAUCGUCCAUCAGUUCGUCCGUGGUUAGAAAAUUAUGAGCUUGCAAUUACGAAUCAUUACUCACAAGAAUUAAGAGCAAGAUUAUCUGGCAUAACUAAGAAACAAGAAGAACCGCCACACUUCGUUCUGACAGACUGUACAACCAUUCCGUUUGCUGGAGGGAGAAUUAUGAUCUCGACUAUCGAUAUUCUUCCAAAUACUCCAGUUAUUGAGCUUAUGGGAAAGUUCAUGCUUUCUUCGCAACACCAAAAUGCGACUGCUUUACUAGUUGGAACAAACUCUAGACAAGUUACACAAAAGCCUGGCCCAUUUGUCUUUUUUUACAGAAUGCCACAAGAAGGUGCUGAUAUUUGUAUAGAUACGAGAACCUAUGGCAAUGAUGCAAGAUUUGUUAGAAGAUCUUGUAAACCAAAUUGUGAGUUGCACCAUUGGUUUGAUAAAGGUACUCUGCAUAUUUUCUUAAUGUCCAUUGAGAAAAUUGAAAGUAACACCGAGAUAACUUUGCGACACGAAUUGGGUUGGCAUGGCUUAGGAAUUGGACGAACACCUUCAAAUCCUUGUGCUUGUAAUUCUCCUGAAUGCCUUCUUCUAAAUCCUAUUCAGAACCGUAAAAGUUACUCUUCUAAUGAUAAUGCGCCAUCUAAGUUAAGAGUAAAUAAAACACGUGCCAUGACAUCAAGGUCUUACAUGGUUAAGGAUAAAUUGGAUUCUCCCAAAUCAGAUUGUAGUCCUGAAGAUGAUGCAGACGAAGAUAUGUCUGCUCCAUCAAAAUCUAUUGAUGACGAUCAUCAAAGUGACUUUAGAGCAACUCCUGUAAAGUCAUCUCAAGAUUCUGAUAAUACUUCUGAUGACUUGAGGAAAAUAAUGGCAUCUUGUGCUGAUGCAAGAAGCGAGGUUGAUGAAUCUCCUAAAUCUAGUAUUCGAUCUGAAGAAAGAACAGUAAAGCCAUCAUUUUCUAAAGAUGAACCUCCACCUACAACUCGCAGAACUAGAAGAGCUUAUACUAGACGAAAUCGAGUGAAUAAGAAGCUUGUUUUGCAAGAUUCCUCCCCUCCGGAAGCUAAACCAUCUGGAGAAUCUGGAGAUGAAGUAUACAACGAUACAAAUGUCAAAGAUAUGAAGAAAAUGACACGUGAAGAAAGAAAAAUUGCCCAAGUAAUGAAAGUAUUUGACCGUCUUGAGAAAGAUAAAGCGAAAAGAUCUUCUGGUGCUCCGAGGGGUCGGAGACGAGAUAGUGAAAGUGAUCAUACCAGGAGAGAUGAAUCUACGGAUGUUGAACAUAAUUCUACCACUGUUCGUGUUUAUAGAACCAGAGGCAAAGGGCGUAGAAAGAAUCAAGUGACUAGGGAUUACAAACAGAAAACACGAAGGUCACUUUCUGAAGGUGGAUCUGAUGACUUAUCUUCUAUAAGAAAGUCUACUUCGGUUAAGUCUUCAAGUGAAGGUGGGAAAAAUGCUGAUCUAUCAGAUACUGAUCCUAAUCCUGAAACAGCUAAGUCUUCUAGCCCUGCUAAAAUUGAAAGUGAAAAACCAAUGCAGGGUCCAAGUAAGAGGGGACUACGUAGAAGAAAAAUAGUUUUUCCUAAGAAGCAACAUGUUAACAUAGAAGAGGGACAACCGGGCCAGCAAACUGAAGAAGCUGCUGGUCUUCUUCUGGCAUUGGCCAGGAGUACACCAGCAAAUCCUAGCGACCCUAGUCCUUCAAAUGAAAUUCUUGAAUCGCCAAUCUCAAAUAUGAUAUCUGUUUGCCAGUUAGUGGAGGCUGCUGUCGGACCAUUGGAAACGAGUCUUAAAUCUCCUAAAAAGGCAAUAUUAAAUGAGUGGAUGAAUAAAUCUCCUGAAUCAACUUUGGCGUAUGAUAUUCAAGAUCCAACACCUGUCGCAUAUAAUGAAUGCAACAGUAAUAGUAACAGCCCUCUUACUUUAUUCAGCCUUGGUAAUGAAUCAGCCCAGAAUAGGAGUAUCCCAUCUAGUAAACUUUUGGACACGUUAGUUCAAGCAGCAUCAAGUAUUUGUGAUAUUGGCAAUGAAUAUCCAGAAAGUGAAUCAAAUAUCAUAAAGGAUAAAUUGAAACUUGAUAGUCAUCAUGAAACAUCAGCAGAAUCUUGUAAAACUCUAAUGGAAGAGAAAGAUCUGGAUGAAAAAUCAAAAAUUAUAGGAUCAAUGCUCGAUGUCAAAUCUAAUAUUUUGCUUGAGCCACCUGUAAUUGGAAAAUCAUCUCCUUUGCCUCUCAUAGAUAAUGAUAUAGCUAAAAAUGAAUUUCGGACUGUAAUUCAAAUAAACCAUGCAAAAGAAGAAAAAAGUAUAUCAUCUAAUGAAUCAUCAAAUAUUACAUUACAACCACUUACAUCUCCUUUUACCACUAGUGAUGCAAAUUCAGUUCUUCAAAAUCACAUACCUGAUUCUGAAGAAACGAUGCUGGAAUCUACAGUACAAAAUGAUGCAUACGAAAGCAUAAACUUAAACAUUUCUGAAAGUCCGUGCACUGCAGAAGUCUCUGUUAAAAGCUCUGUUAUUGAUAUAUCAACUGAUUUGUCCAAUGAUAGUAACAAUGUAUAUUCCAGCUAUCAGGGCAACAAUAGUGGAAGCGCUAAAAAGCGUUGGUUGCAUCAAGCUUUAAGUGAGGAAUCGGAUCAUCCUUUAUCUAAAUCCUCUACACCUUUAAAGAAAAGACGAGUAGUACGUGAAAGUACAUCUGAAAUAGUGCAUUUAUCUAAUGAUGAUGUUAAUGAAUUCACGGUGGAUGCAAAAAACUUCCAGUCUGCAACUACAGUUGCUACAAGCAGUGAUGGAUUGGCUCAAGCGUCAUUGCAAAACAAGAAUACUGUAGUUGCAGAACUUAACACAAACACGAAAAGUUUAAAUCGUGUUGAGAAUGAAGCAAACGGAAUAGAAAGCAACAUAGCAAAUCAUAAAUCUUUGAUUCAUUCAUUGAAUUCUAAAAAUGCUUUUGAUUGGGAAAAUUUAGAAAAUCAUGAAGAGGCAUUUGAAAAUUCAAUAGUUAAUGAAACCUUGCCUAUUAAUUCUUUAAAUUCACUUUCAGAAGCAGAAUGUUCUGAAACUGUUGAUACUUUAUUGAAACACAUGUCUCCUGAAAUUGCAGAUAUACAUAAACAGUUGCAAUCAUUCCAUUCUGAGAAUAUUCAAGUCUUACGUUCUCGUAAUCAGAAACCUAAAAUAUUUGAAGGUCCACGUAAAAAAGUGAACCUCAUGUUUGAAGUAUCCAUACUGGAAGAUGAAACUGUUGCUGUAGAAUUGUGCAGUGAAUCUAAAUCAUCCUGCACCAGUAAAGCACCAACUGUUAGACCACAAAGUCCUAACAAAGAAACAGUCGAACCACAAGCAAAUUCUACUCAAAUAAUAUCAUAUGACUUUGAAGAAUUCUCUCGACACGAAUCUAGGCUGUUACAGCAGCAUCAGGAUCUUUUGAAUGCGUAUAAAGUUGAUGAUUACAUGUAUAUGGAUGAUAAUGAGUUAUCAACUAGCAGUUUACCAAACUAUAGUACUAUGUCUCUUUCUGAUUCAAGCAUCUGUGAUUUGAAAGAACCUCAAAGUCAAGAUGAUAUGUGUGUAAACACUACAAAAUUCCAUUCUGAUAAGCACUCCUCUUUGUUGUCAUUUAAAGAUAUUCCAACAAAAUUAGAAACAAAUAUGCAAAUGCCUCUCUGCUCACCUACUAAUACCUUAAUUAACAAACAUGAAAUUGGAGUUGCAGCAAGAGCAAGAUUGGAUUCUAUAUUAAAUGCUACUGAUAUUUCACAAGAUGCUAUGUUUGAUCAGGUAUUGAAAAAAUCUUUACAUACGCCGAAUCAUGUUACAAAUGUGAUUCGAGUUGAGUCUCCCGUGAACUCCCCAAUUCCUGCAGUGCAAACUUCAAAUUCAAAGCCAAUGGCAAGGACGUCGAGCAGUGAUCCUAGACUACAGCAAGCCGCUCCAAUUAAGAAGAAGCUCUCAUUGACUGAAUAUAGGGCUCGUAAGAAAACAGAUACUAAUGGUAAUGGAAAUGAUGUAUAUUCAUCUUCUGAGAAAACUUUUGGACAAAUGAAUGUCCUUAUAUCUGAUGUUGAUGAAGAACCCAAUGAUCAAGAAAACUUCAUGUUUACACCUGAACCUACGCUGGUAGAAAGGGAACUUGAAAAACACCCAGGCUUUCUUUCUAGAGAUUUUUUCAAUGUGCCUUCAUCAAUUACUAAUGACUUGGCAAAUGAAAGCGAGACUGAAGGAUCAGGCUCGGACCCAUGAUAAGUAUUUAAGCUGC